AUGGCUGCUCGACCUCCCCUCUUCACCCGGGGCCUGUCCUCUCUCUCCCAGAGCACGACCGACCCCAACUCGCCCGCCGCCGGGACGGCCUCCGAGCAGCGUGACGACGCCAAGCGGAACUUCCUCAAGACUAUGCGCCCGUUGCCGACGCAGCACUACUGGAACGUCUUCUUCGACCGGCCGGCCGCCAAGACCGCCGACGAAGCCCAGGCCAAGAAGGCUGUCGACGGCACCAGCCCCAACUACACGGCUCACCUCGAGCAGCUCGGCACGCAGAUCGAGUCGGUCCAGGACUUUUGGCGCUACAACAACAACACGCCCGUCGAUCAGAUCAAGAUGCGCGAGUCCAUCUAUCUCUUCAAGGCCGGUUUCCGCCCCGUCUGGGAGGACCGCCGCAACAUCCACGGCGGCAGCUGGACCUUUCGCGUGCCCAAGAGCAUCGGCCCUGACGUCUGGACCCGCGUCCAGCUGUUGGCGAUCGGCGAGAAGCUGCAGAGCGUCUUGGACGAGGGGGACACAAUUUGCGGCGUCGGCCUGUCGGUCCGCUUCAACUCACACCUCAUCUCCAUCUGGCAUCGUGAGGCAUCCAAGAAGAAGUCUGUCGACGCCCUGCUGGCCUGUGUGCUCGACGAGCUUCCCGCCGAGCUGCAGCCCAAGCCCGACAACUACUUCUACAAGAAGCACUCGGAGCACACCGGCUUCAAGGCCCCGCCCGAGCUGCAGGCCGUCCUGGACUCGCAGAAACGGCGUGACGAGGCCGAGGCGAAGGCGGCCGCAGAAGCGGCGACCGCAGACACCACGGAAACGGCUGCUGCUUAA